ACGUUCAACCCGUGAAAAUGGUUUCGCUCAAGCUAUUGAUCGUGGUAGCCUUAGUUGCCACAGUAGCUUGCACCCCCCAUCUCAGAGUACACCAUGGUAAACACCAUGGGAAGAGAGUGGGAAUAACGAUUUCUGCGGGGAUUGGCGACAUUUUCAAGGGUUUGAAUCCUUCACCAAGAGUAUGCGACUCCCAAGCUCUGAAUAGUCUUUUAAGACCAAAAAGACCAAAGAACUUCAAUGAUGUCCUGACUCUACUGAUUCAUCUGACUCAGGGAGUUGGAGGUAUCAUGGACAAACACUACGAAGGCAUGGGCUCACUCUCAACGAGAAUGGUCAUUGCCCUCGCAAGGAUAAGCGUCUGUCAACUGGGAGCGAAAAAAUUCCAUUCGAAACCUCACUUCUGUUCUCGGGACUUCCACCAAUUCGGGGUGAAGGGUAGUGUUCAGACAGUUGACGCUGUUUAUGCCAGAUUCAAAGUAAACAAGGCUACAGAACAAGUCAAUAUCUUAAUCAACAAGUACACCAACAAUAAGGGAAUCGGCUCCGUCAACGGCACUGUCAGAGUAUACUUCAGAUUUUGUCUAAACUUGGCCGCAUUACUAGACAGUAAGUACUAUUCAUUGAAAUACUUUAAAAAAAUGUUCUAA